AUACGAUUUGAACAUUUUGAACCCAAAAACAAAAGAAGAAAAAGUCGAUUCAGACCACAAGGAUCAUACAAAGAUCGACUCUACAAAUACCGAAUACGACAUGGCAUGUACUUCUGUAGUUUGGUUCGCUGGUAACUGAUAGAAAGUUUUGUUAUUUCGCUAUGCACGCAAGGUGUUCGACGUAAUUCCGCAGAGUGUUUUAUAAUUCAUCUCCUUAAGCCAUUAUGAGGUUUAGCCUCUUCAUGAGAUCACUUCUGCUUCACCCCUGUGGAGGCUCCAUCAUCACCGUCCGAUCAAAAACGACGUCUGGUCAGUACGUGGCUUCAAGAUCAAGAGACCCUGUUUUCGAGAAGCUCAUGGACAAAUACAAGAACCUCCUCAAGGUCAUCGCCAUACAAGACCUCAUCCUCGCCAACCCAACAGCUGAACCUCCUUCCGUAUCCAUCGAGUUUCUCUCCAGGCUCUCCCAGAAGCUCCACCUCAACCGUGGCGCUGCUUCUUUCCUGAGGAAGUACCCUCACAUUUUCCACGUCUUGUAUGAUCCUGUGAAGUCUCAGCCCUUUUGCAGGUUAACUGAUGCAGCCAUGGAGAUUUCUCGCCAAGAGGCUUUGGCUAUCAAUGCUUCUUUGCCUGUUGUUGUUGACAGGUUGGUCAGGCUCCUGUCUAUGUCUAUAUCAAAGUCAGUCCCUCUUCGUGCGGUUUUCAAGGUUUGGAGAGAGCUUGGACUCCCUGAUGACUUUGAGGACUCUGUGAUCUCAAAGAACCCUCAUGUCUUUAAGCUUAGUGAUGGUCAUGAGCCCAAUACACAUAUCUUAGAGCUCGUUCAAGAAGAAGGUAAAGAAAGUCUGAGUUUUGAAGCUGCGGUUGAGAAAUGGAGGGUGGUUGAGUGUUGUGAGGAGGAUUGCAGCGUCGAUAGAACCGAAGUUCAGUUUAGUUUCAAACAUUGCUACCCACCAGGGAUGAGACUGGGGAAGAACUUUAAGGCUAAAGUGAAGGAAUGGCAGAAACUGCCUUACGGUGGUCCCUACGAGGACAUGGUUGGCAAGAAAAAGAACAAGUCCGGUGUGAUGGGAGUUGAGAAAAGAGCGGUUGCGAUUGCUCAUGAGUUCUUGAGUCUGACUGUGGAGAAGAUGGUGGAGGUAGAGAAGAUCAGCCACUUCAGGAAAUGUUUUGGGAUUGAUUUGAACAUAAGGGAUUUGUUCUUGGAUCACCCGGGGAUGUUUUAUAUUUCAACUAAAGGGAAAAGACACACGGUGUUUCUCAGAGAGGCUUACGAGAGAGGACGUUUGAUAGAUCCAAAUCCAGUGUACGAUGCGAGGAGGAAGCUUCUUGAUCUUGUCCUCUUGGGCCGCCAUGCUGCUUUAUCAGAUUCUAGGGAGACAGAUAUGUCUGAAGAAGAAUGAACAUGUUAGUUUCUUUAAUCCUUUUUAGCUUAAGAUAUGCUGUUUUCUGUAUGCUUAUCUUAUCCAGUGAAGUGUAUGAAACACUUGAGAGAUGAGAUCACCAAGAAUCUAAUCAAUCUUGAGCCU